AUGCCGGAGCAGCUGAAUUUGCCGAGUGCCAUCCCGCUCGGCACCGGGACUAUCUCCAACGUCCUCCACGCCACCCUCGCCCCGCCGUGGUGCUUUUCGGUGGCGGUUAAAAUUUACUCCAAAAUUCAGCUUCUUCAACUCCGUAAGGUGGAAAGCGUCCUUAACGAGAAAAAGGCCCUUCAACGGCUCAGCGCCCAUCCCUACAUUUGCCGUUUGUACGGGACGGCCCAGUCGGAGGAUGAGCUUUACGCCGUGAUGGAGCUGCUGCCGAAUGGCGACCUCCUCCAGCACAUCCGCCGCACCGCCACAAAGCGCGUGAGGGAUUAUACCAACGCCCAAAGAAACCUCGAAGCCCCGGACGGGGGGGCCGAACGCCGCGAUUCCACCGAUUCUACCCCCUCCGCCGCGUCGGACAGGGGGGGUUGGGGAGUGAUUCCCGCCUCGAGUCGGACGCUGCGGUGCCUUGAUUUUCCAGAUCUCCAGCUCAUCACAGCCCAGCUCAUCCUUGGGCUCUCGCACGUCUUCGGGAAUGGGUUGGUGCUGCGGGAUCUGAAGCCCGAGAAUGUGGUCUUCGACAGCAAAUGGCGGGCCUGUUUGAUCGACUUUGAUACCGUCGACUUGAAGGGGAAUUACGCGAAACCGCACACCAACCACGGCGUCGCUCUGCCGGAGAGGCGCACGAGCGUCAAUUCCUCGACAGAUAAGCCGAAUGACCUCGCGGGGGUCGGGGCGAAACUCCCCAGGCGCUCCAUUCGGGUCUCGGAAAUUCAGGAAAUGCGCAAGUGCACCGCCAGCUUUUGCGGGACCGCGCAGUAUGUCUCGCCGGAGAUGGUCUCCGAGUGCAAAUGGAGUUUUAGCAGCGACUUGUGGGCCCUGGGGACGAUUGUGUAUGAGAUGCUGUACGGGGUCCACAUGUUCGCCGGGAAGACCUCCUUUGAGGUGAUGAAAAAGGUCAUCAAAGGCAUCGCCGGUGGCGUAAAUGAUCAGGCCUCGGUGCCAUUCCCAAUUAUCGAUUUUGCGGAAAGCGGUGAGGAGGCCAGCCAAGGACUGGACGACGCCCCAUCCUCUGCGUUUGCGCGCGUUAAGGAUUUUAUUCUACGCUUGGUCGAUAUCGACCCUUAUCAACGAUUGGGGGUGAAUCCUGAGACCCACGAGUUUGAUCUCGAUGCCCUUAAAAGCCAUGCCUUGUUUUGUGAUUUCGACUGGUCCGUUGUGAACCACCAAAUUCAGACUUUUAAGCCGAAUCUGUUUACCAUGAACCACGUCGAGGUCAAUUCUGAUCAAGCCUCGGCCCCGAAGAUUUCAAAUUCUGACUUGUCGCCGUCGCUCGAAUCCUUCUACCACGAGGUACCGUAUAAUGAUCAGCAGUAUGUUGACUACGUUUAUAAUGUUUCUUCGGAGGCUAAUCCCUUUGAACACUACCUCCAAUGCAUCGAUUUAACCAGCAAAGCAGACGAAAACGUGAAGGGCGAUGCCGAUGGAAUGAUUUCCCACCCCAACGUUGAGUUUGAGGGCCCCCACACCUCAAGCAGCUCCAGGUCAUCCCCCAACACCGAUGUUGGGCAGGUGGUCAAUCCAUUCACCCCCGAUCACAUCCAAAACGGCGAGAUCGUUGACAGUCUUUCAGCCGUUAAGCAGACUUCGUCUUCGCAGCGAUCCAGCGAGGACUUUCAUCGAAGUUCUUCAAUCGACACCGAUGAUGAAAGUAUCGAAAUUAUCGACGACGUCGGGGUGCGGUUCCACGCCAUGACCUUCGACCCGGACUUUCGGCUCUGA